CUCAUCACUUCAAACCAAACAUUUCCCAACUUCCCAAACCUACCAACUAAUCUCAACUUUCAAAUUCUCUUGUUCUCAGCUUCUUAAUUUUAAUGGAAGAUAUUGAAGUUCCUCCGUUUUUUAUAUGUCCAAUUUCGUUGGAGAUCAUGAAAGAUCCUGUCAUAGUCCCGACCGGGAUAACCUACGAUCGGACAAGCAUCGAGAAGUGGUUGUUCUCAGGAAAGAACAACACAUGUCCUGUCACCAAACAAGUUAUAUCCUCAGAUUGUGAGGAACUAAUCCCAAACCACACUCUUCGACGCUUGAUUCAAUCAUGGUGCAUGCUCAAUGCUUCUUAUGGCAUAGAAAGGAUUCCAACUCCAAAGCCUCCCGUCAACAAAACCCAGAUCACAAAACUCAUCAAUGAUGCCAAAGCACCACUUCAACAAGUUAAGUGUCUAGGGAAGCUACGAUCAAUCGCGGAUGAGAACGACACCAACAAGCGAUGCAUGGAGAGUUCAGGCGUGGUUGAGUUCUUGGUCUCAAUCAUAAAUAAGUUCAAUUCAGUUGUUCUUGAAGAAUAUGGAACAUUUGAGGUCACAAGACCAAGUGAUGAGGCCUUGAGCCUUCUUUACAACCUCAAACUCUCCGAAUCGAGCCUCAAGAGGCUUAAUGGUCAGCAAUUCAUCGAGUCCUUAACACAAAUCAUGCAACGUGGGAACUAUGAAUCGCGAUCAUAUGCAGUGUUAUUGUUGAAAUUGAUUAUUGAAGUAGCUGAUCCAAUGCCACUCAUCAACUUGAAGCCGGAAAUUUUCGAAGAAAUAGUUCAAGUAUUACGUGACCAAAUAUCUCACAAGGCCACAAAAGCAACAUUGCAAGUACUAAUUGAUGUAUGUCCAUGGGGGAGGAAUAGGAUCAAGGCCGUUGAAGCCGGGGCAGUCUCGAUCUUGAUCGAUCUUUUGCUCGAAUCGACGGAGAGAAGGCCUUGUGAGAUGAUGCUUAGUGUGUUGGAAUUAUUGUGUCAAUCCGCGGAAGGACGGGCCGAGCUGUUGAAGCAUGGAGCAGGUCUAGCUAUUGUAUCUAAGAAGAUACUUAGGGUUUCAAAGGUUGCAAGUGAUAGAGGAGUGAGGAUUCUGUAUUCGAUUUCGAGGUUUUCGGCUUCUCCUAGUGUUGUUCAAGAGAUGUUGCAACUUGGUGUUGUGACCAAGUUGUGUUUGGUGGUUCAGGUGGAUUGUGGAAACAAGACAAAAGAGAGGGCUAGAGAGAUCCUGAAAUUGCAUGGUAGGGUUUGGAAGGAUUCCAAUUGUUUACCAGUCAAUCUGCUCUCUUCAUAUCCAGCUUGAUUAUUUCUUUUUGUUUUUGUACAUAAUCUGUCGAUGAAAAGUAAUGUUAAAGCAGAUGAUAAAAUACCACAAUUGUAAUAUAUCUAUCUAUAUAUGUAUAGAUGGAUGCAUCAAAUAAGGAUUUCUCUCUGGUUUGGGGAAAUCAAUGAUUACUUGGGAGUGAUAACUCAAUUCAUAUACCAA